AUGUCUGAAUUCGCUACUAGCCGCGUCGAAAGUGGCUCACAACCAACUUCUAUGCACUCUACUCCGGUAGUGCAGAAACUAGAGACGGAUGAAUCUCCCAUUCAAACUAAAUCUGAAUACACCAACGCUGAACUUCCAGCAAAGCCAAUCGCUGCAUAUUGGACUGUUAUCUGUUUAUGUCUAAUGAUUGCAUUUGGUGGUUUCGUCUUUGGUUGGGAUACCGGUACCAUCUCUGGUUUUGUUAAUCAAACCGAUUUCAAAAGAAGAUUUGGUCAAAUGAAAUCUGAUGGUACUUAUUAUCUUUCUGAUGUCCGGACUGGUUUGAUCGUUGGUAUCUUCAAUAUUGGUUGUGCCAUUGGUGGGUUAACCUUAGGACGUCUAGGUGAUAUGUAUGGACGUAGAAUUGGUUUAAUGUGCGUCGUUCUGGUAUACAUCGUUGGUAUUGUGAUUCAAAUUGCUUCUAGUAACAAAUGGUACCAGUAUUUCAUUGGCAGAAUUGUCUCCGGUAUGGGUGUCGGUGGUAUUGCUGUCCUAUCUCCAACUUUGAUUUCCGAAACAGCUCCAAAACACAUUAGAGGUACUUGUGUCUCUUUCUAUCAAUUAAUGAUCACUCUAGGUAUUUUCUUAGGUUACUGCACCAACUAUGGUACUAAGGACUACUCAAAUUCAGUUCAAUGGAGAGUUCCCUUGGGUUUGAACUUUGCCUUUGCUAUUUUCAUGAUCGCAGGUAUGUUAAUGGUUCCAGAAUCUCCAAGAUUUUUGGUCGAAAAAGGCAGGUACGAAGAUGCUAAACGUUCUUUGGCGAAAUCUAACAAGGUCACGGUUGAAGAUCCUAGUAUUAUUGCUGAAAUGGACACAAUCAUGGCCAACGUUGAAACUGAAAGAUUAGCCGGUAACGCUACCUGGGGUGAAUUAUUUUCUAGCAAAGGGGCUAUUUUACCUCGUGUAAUUAUGGGUAUUAUGAUUCAAUCCUUACAACAAUUAACCGGUAACAACUACUUCUUCUAUUAUGGUACCACAAUUUUCAACGCAGUCGGCAUGAAAGAUUCCUUCCAAACUUCUAUUGUUUUAGGUAUAGUCAACUUCGCAUCUACAUUCGUGGCUUUAUACACUGUUGAUAAAUUUGGCCGUCGUAAGUGUCUAUUGGGUGGUUCUGCUUCCAUGGCUAUUUGUUUCGUUAUCUUCUCUACUGUCGGUGUUACAAGCCUAUACCCAAAUGGUAAGGAUCAACCAUCUUCUAAGGCUGCCGGUAAUGUCAUGAUUGUCUUCACCUGUUUGUUCAUUUUCUUCUUUGCCAUUAGUUGGGCCCCAAUUGCUUACGUCAUUGUUGCAGAAUCUUAUCCCUUACGUGUAAAAAAUCGUGCUAUGGCUAUUGCUGUUGGUGCUAACUGGAUUUGGGGUUUCUUGAUUGGUUUCUUCACUCCUUUCAUUACAAGUGCCAUUGGCUUUUCAUAUGGUUAUGUCUUCAUGGGAUGCUUAGUAUUUUCAUUCUUCUACGUCUUUUUCUUCGUCUGUGAAACCAAGGGCUUAACACUAGAGGAAGUUAAUGAAAUGUAUGUUGAGGGUGUCAAACCAUGGAAGUCUGGUAACUGGAUCUCAAAAGAGAACAGGGUUUCCGAAGAAUAA